AUGUGUCUAGUAGGAAGAGCUUGGGUUUUUCAUUUGGAUAUUUGUCUUGAGACUUGUAUUAUAUUUCUCAAGUCUUUCCUUAUAGAUUAA